UUUUAAUGUUUUAUUGUCCUUUUCUUUUUUUGCAGCUGUGGGCCUUUGAGCACUUACCUUGGCUGGCUCCCCGAAAGGGGCAGAGGCCUUUGGAGUUCCCUGCCGGUCGCCGUUGGGGUUGGAAGAAGAAGCUGACAGUGCGUCCACCGCCCGAUACCGUGUGGGAUCUUAUCCGGGACGGGAACCCUGAGCAUGUGGUUUGGACCCCAUGGCUCUCUUUUAGGGGUACCCAUGCUUCGGUCAGGGAUAGUUAUGCCCUGAGCCAGAUGCGGGUCUUGUUCGUUGGCCGCCGGGACCCUGUCUGGUACCUGGGAGAGCGGGUACGUAUGCAGACGGUCGGGGCUUUUUCGGUGCCUAGGCCUCCGCCUGCGACCAUGCUGUCUACUCGCUCGAUAGGCGAGUCGUGGAGGGUCCACUCGAGGACUGGCGUGCCGGCGACGGAGUUGGUGAUAGAGGGAGCUAGCUAUUACCAGUUUAUCCAGGAUUCUCUUCGUCUCCCGAAGCCUGUUGCAGAUUGGGGAGGGUGUACAGACACUCGACGCUCCACCUCGGGUUAUUGUGUAUAUUCUGGGGAUAACAUGAUUUCUUGGUCUUCAAAGCGUCAACCUACACUAUCCAAGCUAAGUCUAGUGAUGAUGUUGAGUAUAGAGGAGUUGCAAAUGCGAUCUCUGAAUCUUGUUGGAUUCGUAAUAUGA